UACGUCUGCUGAAGCUGAGAAGGGCGGAGAUAUCGUCCGGCAAUGGGCACCCCGUGAUAAGCUUUUAUUAUAUUUUUAAAAAAUCAAAAACAAAGGCAGGCGGAACGGUUUCGGAGAAUUCGUCGAAGAUGAAAAGAAAAUUACAAGGAGAGUAUCAGCAUUCAGUUGUCUAACUGGAGGAUGUGAUCUCCAGGAGAGCGAUUGACGUCAGCGCGCAGUCUCCCUCGAGCUGUUCCUGGUUUCCGGCUUCUACCAGCGUCCAACCGAAACUCCCCGGUGUCAGCCCGGUCCCGAUGUACCCGAUACCCACUUCUCCCGAGCCACUGUGAGAGGCCAUCCCUCCAGUCCCGGUGUGUGGAGACAGGCUGCCGCGUCCUCUUCCUCCAGUCCCGGUGUGCAGAGACAGGCCGCUCGCACUCCUCCCGGUCUCGGUGUGUUGGAGUAGGCCUCUCGCCCUCUCUUUCCUCCCCUCCGCACCCCCCCCCCCCCCAUCCCGAUCUACACAGUAUUUUGAAGCAGGCAGCUUCGUUCUGCAUCCAGUCGGUAAACGACAAUGACGCACUGGUUUCAUCGGAACCCGCUGAAGGCGACGGCCCCGGUUUCCUUCAACUUUUACGGAGUUGCCACGAACACCGCCGCGGCGAAGAUCUGCAAUGACUUGAGAAGCACAAGGCUGAAACUUCUGGAGUUAUUCACAGAUGUGAAUUGUAACGUGGACAUGAUGAAAAAUGCAAUGGAUGCUUAUUUUUCUCUUUUACAAGGUUUCAUAUCAUCCUUGGAUGGCACAACACAAGAAAACAAACUGCGUUUCAUUCAGAACUUCAAAUGGACUGACACUUUACAUGGAAAUAUUGUAAGUGCCCAGCAGGAUGCUAUCUUUGAUCUGGUUUCCAUGGAGUUUAACAUAGCUUUGUGGCAUACCAAAUAUGCCUCCAGACUAGCUGGAAAGGAGGAUAUAACAGUGGAUGAAGCAAAAGACGUGCACAGAAGCUUGAGGAAUGCAGCUGGAAUCUUCAAACACAUUAAGGAAGGUGAAGUAAGCAGGCUUGUUACAGCACCUGAGAAAGGGAAGGAUCUUGAAUCACGGGUUCUAGAUACCUACAUCAUUCAGUGCCAAGCUGAGGCUCAAGAAGUGACCAUCGCAAGAGCCAUUGAAUUGAAGCACAACUCUGGUCUGAUUGCAGCUCUGGCCUAUGAAACAGCCAAUUUCUAUCAGAAGGCGGAUCACACUCUUACCACCUUGGAUCCAACUUACACAGGAAAAUGGAGGAAGUAUUUACAGCUUAAGAACUCCUUCUACAUGGCUUAUGCAUAUUGUUACAAUGGCCAGACCCUGUUGGCCAGUGACAAAUGUGGGGAAGCCAUCCGAUCACUAGAAGAAGCAGAGAAGUAUUACUCCAAGGCAGAGGCUCUGUGCAAGGAAUAUGGUCAAACAAAAGGGCCAGGAUCAACAGCCAAACCAUCCGAGCACUUGUUCUUUAGGAAGUUGGGAACAUAUAUCAGAAACACCCUAGAAAAGUGUCAGAGAGAGAAUGGGUUCAUCUACUUCCAGAAAGUUCCUCCAGAGGCUCCACAGCUGGAGCUGAAGGCCAACUAUGGUUUGGUGGAGCCCCAGUCAUUUGAGCUUCCAGCACUGAGCAGUCAGUGGACCCAGGACGUGUACACUGCAUUCGAUAUUACUAAAGGCCCCAAGGAUGACAAGGCUAAGGAUAAAAAGGAAGAAGAGGUGAAGCCAGUGAAGGAGCCAGACCUGAAACCCCAGAAAGACACGGGCUGCUUGAUUUCUUAAGGAGACAAUCAAACAUGAUUCAACUGUCUGAAUGAUGCCUGCACUCGCUCCAUAAAGUGCAUGGCUAGUCUCUCAGUAGGACCUUGUUUAAGUGGCCAUCAACCAUGACUUCCUGGUUUCCCUUCACCCCACUCCUGCUUCCUGUAUAAUGUCUGCACUUUUAAACAAUUGUUAACCAGAGUCAAGUCAGAAGUAAAGCAAAAAAAAGUUCCAGUUUUCUGGCUUUUCUCUGUUCGUGUCCAAGAUGAGGAUUGAGUUACCCUUCUGGUCAAUUUUGGCGUAUCCUGGAAACGUCCAGUUUGUAUCAUCCUCAAGAACUUGCUGCCAAGAGACUGACACAGACAAAUUAGUUUGGACCCUAUCAGUGAUUCGCUUUGUUGUUGGGACUUCAUUAAAAUGCUGGCCUUGAGCAUCUACCUGCUUGUGCCCCAGCAAGACUGUAAAAACACUAAUUUUUUGAAUUCUAAACUUGUAUCUCACAUUCAAAGCUUGGUUUUGAUUACUUAUGUUAAUUAUUUGGUGUUAAUUUAUUCUUUUCACUUCCAUAAACCCUACGUUCAUGUCCAUGCUUUUCCUGUCGCUAAUUCAUAUUCCUGAAUUUCUCCCCCCGCAGCAUAGUUUACUGUGGCAAUUAAGGCUAGAGGUGGGGCAAUAAGCUAUAACCACCAAACUGCUUGAUUACACAAUGCGGACAAUACCAGUCGGCUUUGGUAUUCGAGAGGGAGGAGGUUCACUUUUUCAUGGGAUUACUUAAUCAGGCCUUGCGUAUGAUUCUUCCCUUUCCUCAAAUCUGCUCUAAUUUUCAGUGUCAGGCUAAUUCCAAGUUGAUUUUUAUAUCCUAUUCACAUAGUACUCAAACCCUGCCUUCUCAAAUAAGUAUGUAAAUGGAAUGGGGAAAGACAUUCAGCUCUCCAUUUCCCUCUUACUCCUUCCACUCCCAAUUGUCACCGAAAUCAUUUGGAUUUUCUGCUCUACUGCCUGUCCAGUUGAAGAAGUAUUAAACAUUUUAGUUUGCGUGUCAAUCAGUGAUGCUCCUGUCUUUCGAAAGAAGAACAAAGAAAAUGUAAAUGAAUAUAUAUUACACAUACAGCUAUAAAUGUAGUAAAAAAUAUUGAAUUUUAUAAUUUUUUGGGAAGGGGAACUUAACUAGUAGGUUUUGUUUUAAAUAAGUUUUGCAGUCAGAUCGGGAAUAAAAACAGUGCUGGAGAAAUUCAGCAGGUCUGACAGCAUGUGUGGAGAGAGAAACUGUUACAGUUUUGAAUCAAUACCUUUUGUUCCCAGUUGGGAUUUCCUGUCACUAGCAUGCAUCCACCGGCUGAGAUUUUAGUCUUCCCUAAGAUAGAUGAGAGGAAAAAAUAAUCAGCCAAGGUUUAUGUACCAACUGCUCACCACUGCGUGUAUUUAUAAUGUUCAUAACAGUUAAAGAAUCCAAUCUUAACUCUGUGUAACACUGAAGGGCUGAUGGCCCAGAAUGAAUUUGUGCCAGGGGCUAGGUCAGUGUGCUGAAGUGAAGAUGUUGCUGGUGUUUGGGCUGUUUCAUAGGAUUAGCGAUCCGUGGCUAGUCCCUGGCUGGAGUUUUGGGCUGCAUACAAGAGCAUUCUCAGGCUGUAGGUUGGUGGGACAGGUAAGUAUUGCUUUGUUGACUGUGGGUGAUCCUGAAGGAGGGUGUACACCAGCUCUGAGUAGUUCCGAUUCCAGGCAUGGGCUCCUUUACCUGUUUUGCCAUUUUAAAUAAUGGGUGACCUCCUUUGGAGACUCUGGUCAAAACAGAGAGAGGACUGCACCUGGUUGGCAUUAACUGGAAUCUGCAUUUAUCUGUCAUGAACCCUUGCAUGUUAAAAAGACUUAAUUCAGAAUUGAAAUCAAUGAGGAAAGUGAUGUAAACCUGAGUGAAGGGAGAGAAAUGAAGGUUUAUGUAUCAUAUUGGUCAGUACUGACCCUGAAAUAUUCCUAUUCCUUCAGCUUGGUGUUAAGUGCUGGUUUAUCAUGUAAUCUUUUGAUUAACGAGAUGAUGUAAUCAAUUUAUUGCUUAGUUAAAAAUAAACACAUUUAUACCAUUUAAA